AUGUAUAAUCUAUCUAUCUAUCUAUCUAUCUAUCUAUCUAUCUAUCUAUCUAUCUAUAGGGUAUUUCAUCCGAAUAUGGUUGUUCAUCCGAAUAUGAGGAACGUGUAUUUCUCGUCGAAAAGAUAUUUCGAGAAGUACGGUUUUAUUUUCAUCUCCAUCUUUUCUCUAUUCUACUUUUUUGCUAUUUUCAUCCAUUUUCCUCUUUCUUUCUUUCUUUCUUUCUUUCUUUCUUUUUUUCAUUUCCCCUCUCUUGCCAUUUUCUUUUUUCUUUUCUUUUCUUUCCACUUUCUUUCUUCCCUCUUUUGGAAAUUAACUUCUCUCUCUCUCUCUCUCUCUCUCUCUCUCUCUCUCUCUCUCUCUCUCUCUCUCUCUCUCGUGCCUUCAUUCGGUGAAAGAUGUGUGAAUUGGGCGUGGUUAUUUCUGUUGUUCGCGGCUCGUCUCCAUCACCGGACCUGUGUCGUCAAGUUGAAAUCUUUACGUUGUGUCCCUGCUGGGAAGAAUUAG